AUGGCGGCUGCUGUUGACGUGCCGGUCCGAGUUUGCAACCAGGAGAUCGUUAAAUUCGACCUUGAGAUUAAAGCGGCGGUUCAGGAUAUCCGGGACUGCAUGGGCCCUGUAAGUACACUUACAGAACUGAAUGCCAAGGUAAAGGAAAAAUUUCAGCAUUUGCGGCUUAGAAUACAGGAGCUUGAACAGAUGGCUAAGGAACAAGAUAAAGAAUCAGAAAAGCAACUUUUGCUCCUAGAAGUAGAGAACCAUAAAAAGCAAAUGCUCAGCAAUCAGACAGCAUGGAGGAAGGCUAAUCUGGCUUGCAAAAUUGCCAUUGACAAUGCGGAGAAAGAUGAAUUAUUGCGAGGAGGAGACCCUCUAAGACAAAGGAAAACUGCUAAGGAAGGCUUGGCUGAGGGGGCCAGUAACAUCACUGAGAGCCUGAUGGGUAUUAGCAGGAUGAUGUCUCAGCAGGUUCAGCAAAGUGAGGAGGCUAUGCAGACUCUAGUCACUUCUUCACGAACCAUCCUGGAUGCAAAUGAGGAAUUUAAAUCCAUGUCUGGAACAAUACAGUUGGGACGAAAGCUCAUUACAAAAUACAAUCGCAGGGAAUUGACUGAUAAACUGCUCAUCUUCCUCGCCCUUGCUUUGUUUUUGGCCACAGUGCUUUACAUCCUGAAGAAGAGACUUUUUCCCUUUUUGUAAAAUUCUCAAGGGAGGGGAGGAAGUAUGAAUGUGAGGCAAAUAGGAUGGGAGAAUUUAUGAUAAGGAUCUGACUCUGUUCUAACAAAGGAAAGGUUCGAGGAGACAGGAUUUCGUGCUGUAUAAACAAAAGGUAAGCUUACUUUACAUGAGCUUAAUGAGGUACAGGUUGAGCCGAGAGAGAGAGAGAGAGAGAGAGAGAGAGAGAGAGAGAGGGGGUCCAGCAGGGGACAAGUGCAGGUCAGAUGCUCUUAAGAGUGGCAGGCGUCAGUUUUAAACUGGACGGUGGGAGGCAUAUUCAUCCCAUCAGAGUAUGGGUCAUAUGUUUCGCUUCCUUCCUCUGUUUAGAAGAUAUGGUGAUCUAAAUUAAGAAAGGCAUGAGAGAAUUGGGAAGAAACUGCUGCAAAUUCAUUCAGACACAUUCCUCCACUAACCUCUGUUUGGAUCCAGAAAGAGCUGGGAGUCUUAUGCUAAGUAAAAAAUAAUAAUAAUAAUAAAAUGGAUUAAAGAGGGAAGCAUCUUACUUUUGCUUCUUUUAUACUGCCUUUUGAAUUCCACUUCAGUUAAUUCCAGAUGUGAAAGAGCAGUAUGGUUACAAAAUCCAUAUCUAAUUGUGUGUCCUAGUACUUCCAUUUUUAUGAAAUCUGAGUUUGGGAAGUUUCUUGUGCUUCAUUCCAGUUUUUGCUUUGGUGGCCUAAUGUUGAUCUCUGGGUAGAAAAGUAUAUUGCUGAGAAUUUCUUUUACUGAAACUUCCGUAUUCUUUUUCUGUUGCUCUUCUAAUAUAAGAUACAUAAAAUGAGGUUUCGGAGCUGGGGUAUGUACCAUCCCCUCCCAGGGGUGCAGCUCUUCAUCAGUGUAUAGCUUAAUGCAUAGGAGGGGACCCACAUUACAGCUCUAGAGCCCCUUUCCCCCUUUCCCCCUCCCCAUUGAUCCUUGGCAGGGUAUGCAUUGUGUCAGGCCUGUGACAACAUACAUCAUGCAUGCUGGCUGGAUACUUCACUUGAAGCACAAAUGACCUGCUCUGUAGGGACCUGGAAAGAGCAGGGCCACUGGAUCCUUCUGUGAGAGGCAAGGAAAGUCUUCUCAUUGCAGAUAGUGGCUAAGCAUAUUGUCACAAACUCAGCAUGGUGGGAACCUGCUCGAGGAAUGGCAGUGUGAAAGGUCUCUAUGGGUAUUUCUGCUCUCCAUUGGUUCAGAGGUGCACUAGAGGAAGAUGUUGGAUAGUGCUUCAGGAUUUGGUUUGGUAAUGUGAAAGUAUCCCUCAUGACAUAUGAGGGAACUUUUCUGUUAUCAAACAAUGUAUAGUUUUUAUUCCAAAGCAUUUGAAACUAUUAAAGCACUUCACAUCAUACUCCUUUCAAAUAGCAGAGCAAUUCUUUUCCUCUAUUAGUGUGUUUCUUUGGGAUUUUUCAAGUGGCGUUGACCAAAACACCAAAGCACAAGUGCAAAUCACUAUUUUGUAUGCUAUUCUUUGAUGGUGCAAUGUAUUUAUUAAAAACAAACAAAGGCAAUUUCCCUCGCAUUUUCUAUUCUUUUCUAAUAGUGCUUAUCUUGAAAUUGCCUUGAAAUUGUGUGUAUUCAAGUAUCUUUGUCUUCUGUAUUGUUUGUAUUUGUAGCUGAAAAACACACUUUUGGUUCCCUUCCCCUCUAAGAAUCAAAUUGGAAACUGAAAUGAAACUAAUCUUCAGCGCCACUUUAUCUUGUCAGACCUAAACAAUAUUGACAUUAUAAUAUGGUGUCUUACAUAAAGUCAAACAGAUCAAUUGCUGACUCUGUACCUGUCAGCUAGAAUUGUUACAUAUGAUGAACUAUGUUCUCGCGGUUUUCAUGCAAAAAUUGCUGAAGGUUACACAUGGGUUCUCACUGAACCAUCUCUCUUCCUAAUCUUACCUAUCUCAAAUUCAGCUUCGAUUGCUAUGUUGUAUGGAUGGCCCAAACUAGUCCAUGUUGUUUAAAAGCUGGAAUACAUUAAAAAUAAUAAUUCUAGAUAUUUAAAUGUGUGUUAAUGCAAUCAGUUAAGUAAGAGUUUUUACAUAUUUAAUUUAUUUACUUUGUUUAUACCCUGCCUUUUCCCCCACUAGGGACCCAAGUGGCUUAUAUGUUCUUCUCUAUUUUUUCUUCACAAUACCACUGUAACUAGAGUGUGUGUGUCUUGGCCUAAGGUCACCCAGGAAGCUUCCAUGGCAGGGUAGGAAUUCGGACCUGGAUCUCCCAGAUCCUAGCCAACACUAACCCCUAUACCACACUGGCUGUCUCUCAUGAAUGGGACCUCAUAUUUCCAUCUUGGAUUAGCACUGGGCAUAGAGUGGAGUCUGUUGGCUGGAGACGACCCUAGCUUUAAUGAAACAGGUGUGCCAGAAUUGUAGCCCAACACUAACCAUUAUGCUGCAGUGACUCUCACAUUGCCUCUUAAGAUCCAGAUGCCAUAUAUGUGCUUCCAGCGUUACUAUGGCCCUGUUUAUUGUAUGAUACCUUCACCAUUUUGAAUGAUUAUAUGCCUUUUAAAGCCUUGGAAAUUGAUACUUUUGAUUAUCUGAGUACGGCAUUAUUUUCUAAAAACAGAAUGGAUUAUACUUAAUCCAGUGAAUGCUUUCUAUACUCAGUCUAUAGCAAUCUUUUAAAUACAAGCUAAAAGUUUUAGUCUUGUAAUAAGAAGGUUGAGGAUCAAGCAACAAAUGAAUAUUCUUAUCUGUUCAGAAGCUAGUAAUGUACUUGUGUGAGCGUGAGUGCAUGCAUAUACUGUGAAGGAAUACCUAAUAUACCCUGAAUGGCACAUGAGGUAUAUUUUUGGAGUAUAUUCUGUCCAACAGUCAUUGUUGCCUAAUAUCUCAACUAGCUGGUCUAGUUGAGGAACAGCAACUUUCUUCCUGCUCCUUUCCGAUUCCCUCUUUUUUGCUUAUUUGUCUUGCUUCCUGUAUGAACUCAGAGGACUGGACUGUGAAUUCACAGAGUUCAGUUGCUCGUAGCCACAUGAUUUAUGUUUAGGAGCUCUUCCGGAUAAUUUUACCACCCAGAUAAUGUGUUUGCCUUUCUAAGUGUUAAAAGGGUUUUUUGUAACUGCUUAUGUUUUAUUGUUAAAGAUGAAGGAAAAUUUCAA